AUGUAUGAGCGGCGUGUGAACGUGGAGGCGGGCACGGACAAUCGUCUGCGUAUGUUUGGGGGCGUAUAUGGAUGUGCAGGCGUGGUCGCGCAGUCUUGGUAUAUCUGGAAAGGACACGGGGGUCUUCCGCGGAGGCUCUGGAUCCGCCCUGCCAUUGGCUGGGGGGCCUGCCAAUCAUCCCCAGAACCGCUGGUGAUUGGCCAGAGCGUCCGGCCGGGCGGGGAUUCCGCGCCGGAGCCUUUUAAAGCGUUGGAAGAAGAAGGCAACCCUCCCUCCUUCCCCCGACGCCUGCAGCUGUUGCAUGGUGCGCUCCGGCCUGGGCCCUCCACAAUGGCGGUCAUGGGCGUGCAGCUGGUGGUGAGCCUGCUCAUGGCCAGCCUCAUGCAGAGGUUGGCUCCCCACUACUCCUUCGCCCGCUGGCUCCUCUGUAACGGCAGCCUGUACCGCUACAAGCACCCGUCGGAGGAGGAGCUGCGGGUCUUGGCUGGGAAGCAGAAGCCCAGAGCCAAAAAGGAACGACGGCUGAAUGGUGUGAGUGAGGAGAAACCCCUGUCUGUCCCCCGGGACAUCAACCUGCACCUAGAGACCAGCCCCAUCACUGCCGUGGACGCUCUCGUGCUGCGAUACUUCCUGGAGUACCAGUGGUUUGUGGAUUUUGCCCUGUACGCCAGCGGCGUCUUCCUCUUCACCGAAGGCUACUACUGCCUGGUGGACCGGGCCAAGGAGGCCAACAUCGGUGUGCUCUGGUGCCUGCUCACGGUCGUCUUCUCCGUGAAGGUGUUCUUCAUGGUGAUGCGCCUCUACUUCCGCUCGGAGGAGGGCGGGGAGCGCUCCGUCUGCUUGACCUUUGCCUUCCUCUUCCUGCUGUUGGCCAUGGUGGUGCUGGUGGUGCGUGAGGACAUCCUGGAGUUCGGCCUCGAGGCUGGCCUGGCCAGCGUCACUCAAAACCUGGAGGUGUUGCUGAAGCAGCGAGGCUGGGAGUGGUCUAUUCCCAUCACCAAGCUGACCUUCAAGCUGGGGCUGGUGGCCCUCUGCUCCUUCCUCGGCGGGUGUCUCACCUUCCCGGGCCUCCGGCUGGCACAGACGCACCUGGAUGCGCUCAAGAUGGCGGCCGACCGGCCCUUGCUCCAGCUCCUGCUCCAUGCCAGCUUCCUGGCCCCGGUGCUGGUGCUGUGCCUGUGGAUCAAGCCCAUCGCUCGAGACUUCCUGCACCAAGCCCCCGUGGGGAAAACGGCCGUCCAGCUCCUCUCAGACUCGGCAUUCGACUCCGCCCGUCUCUGGACCGUGGUGGCACUGUGCCUUCUGCGCCUGGCGGUGACCCGGCCCCACUUGCAGGCGUACCUGUGCCUGGCGGAGCGCUGGGUGGAGCAGCUGAAGAAGGAGGCCGGACGCAUCACCAUGCUGGAGAUCCAGCGCAGGAUUGCCCGCAUUUACUGCUACGUCUCGGUGGUGAGUCUGCAGUACCUGGGCCCCAUCAUCCUCACCCUACACUGCACGCUGCUGCUCAAGACCCUCGGUGGCUACUCCUGGGGCCUGGGCACCGUGCCCCCAGCCCCCUCCUUGCCCGCCGCAGCCCCGGCAGCCGGGCGACUCUCUUCCAGCCUGCCCGAGGAGGAUGGGGAGGAGGAUGACGUUCAGGCAACGGUGGAGCAGAUCACGGGAGUCCUGGGGGCGCUGAGCGGCCUCUUCACGCCCCUCUUCUUCCGCGGCCUCUUCGCCUUCCUCACCUGGUGGACGGCCGCCUGCCAGGUGGUCACCAGCCUCUUUGGCCUCUAUUUCCACCAGUACCUGGCGGUGUCCUAGCCCCUCCCCCGGGGUGGGGGGCAUAACC